GUGACCGAUCGGAGACCCUUGUCAAAUUCCCCGAACCGCGUCGUGAACUUGUGAACUGCCAGGGAGCUCCAACUCAAGAUGCACUCGUGACAAUAGCUCCAUUCCUUGCUGACGACGUUCUUCUCUCCCUCUCGCCCGCCUCUCGAUUGUUGUUCGCGUCACCAGAUAUCAUAACAACUGCUCGCCCUGCCCCUCACCAUGGGCUCACGACUACACAAUGCGCCUAUUGUCAUCGACAACGGCAGCGGCACAAUCAGAGCUGGUUUUGCAGGAGAGGACGUGCCAAAAUGCUACUUCCCAUCCUACGUUGGACGGCCGAAGCACGUGCGCACAAUGGCAGGCGCGUUGGAGGGAGACCUGUUCAUUGGGCCACAGGCACAACAGUACAGGGGGCUAUUCACGAUAAAGUACCCAUUGGAGCAUGGCAUUGUCACAGAAUGGGAUGACAUGGAGCGGAUAUGGCAAUACGUCUAUACAGAUGGGCUGAAGACGGUCAGCGAAGAUCACCCAGUACUCCUCACAGAGCCUCCGCUAAACCCACGAGAAAACCGCGACACAGCCGCGCAGAUCCUCUUUGAGACGUUCAACGUGCCCGCGCUCUACACGUCAAUACAGGCUGUCCUCUCACUAUACGCCUCAGGAAAGACAACUGGACUCGUCCUCGACUCCGGAGACGGCGUAUCACACGCAGUGCCAGUCUUUCAAGGGUUCGCUAUACCCAACAGUAUCAGGAGGAUAGAUGUGGCAGGAAGGGAUGUGACGGAGCAUAUGCAGCAGCUGUUGAGGAAGACUGGACACGUCUUCCACACAAGUGCGGAGAAGGAGACGGUCAAGAACAUCAAGGAGACGACGGGUUACGUGGCACUUGAUCCGGUCAAAGAGGAGAAGGAGUGGUCUGGUGCAGCCAGGUCAGAGGGCAAGAGCAUGGACUACACAUUACCCGAUGGAAAGAAGCUCAAAGUCGGCGCAGAACGUUUUCGAGCACCAGAGAUUCUCUUCAACCCCGAGAUCAUUGGCCUGGAAUGGCCUGGUGUGCAUCAGAUCGUGGUGGAGGCGAUACACCGGACAGACAUGGAUCUUCGCAAAGCGCUAUACGGCAACAUUGUGCUCUCUGGUGGCUCCACGUUGACAAAGGGGUUCGGCAACAGACUGCUGCACGAGGUGCAAAGACUGGCGGUGAAGGACAUGAGGAUCAAGAUUCUGGCGCCGCCAGAGCGAAUAUACACCACGUGGACCGGUGGCAGCAUUCUCGCCGGGCUGAGUACCUUCAAGAAGAUGUGGGUUGAGAAGGACGAAUGGCAGGAAAACCCUGACAUUAUUCAUACCAAAUUCGCCUAGAUGCUGCACAGUGGCUUCGUAUAAGAUUUGCCCCUGCGCUACUCCGCAGCCGUCUUCCCGCCUCCACAGAGUUGUUUGAAAAGUUGCAUGACGCUUGUGUAGCGGUGUUAGUCAUGGAUUCAGAUUCCCGAGAACCGAGAACCAAACAGCAUGAGGGGACCCUGCACCUGGUACCGCGGACGUCCUCACAGGAUCUUCGGUACGUGUGUCACGGCCAGUGUUUGGUGUGGUCUGGCGGGAGUGCUAGGUGGUAGUCUACUUCCCCGCGUUUUGCUGAGCGAGUUUCCUAUUUGGGCAUAUUCUGUGUCAUUUGGCGGGCAUGCAUCGUGAGUGUUCAGGAGGGGGAAAGGAGUGAGCGUUACGUACAGGCAUGGAUGGCGUUUGUGCCCGGUGGGAUACCCUAUAUUGCCUUUAGAACAU